AAGAAUGACCACAUUCUCACAGUCGACAUGAAUAAAAGCCGUUCAGGAAGAGUUGCUCUCCAAAACAAAACUGUCAUGUAGGUGUGUCGGAAGCGCGUCUCCGCCUUUUUUCUGUUCUUUGCGUGCUCUAAAAUGCAAACUUUCUUGUUCGGUUUAGAGCCGGUGGUCAGUGACCGGUUUUUACUCAUUUGGAUGUAAUGGCCGAUGAGCAGGAAACUGACCUCCUAAACCCUCAUGAGGACGCACCUUUCAUAAAACAGUGCGACUGCAGUACACCUGGAUUAAAGAUAACGCAAAUUAACGACAAGCCAACAGUAUGGCCAAGGCCACUAGCCCGGACGUGGACCCUGAUGCUACUGCUGGUCACAUGUCUUCUCCACUGGUCACGGAUGGCCAUGCCGAUCUGUGCCGUCACUAUGGCCAGAGAAUUUGAAUGGAGCAAGACAGAGACUGGCAUGGUGCUGGGGGCUUUUUUCUGGGGCUACUGUUUUACUCAGGUGGUUGGGGGUCAUGCCAGUGACAGGAUUGGAGGAGAACGAGUCCUGCUUCUGUCCACCUCCUCAUGGGGCUUAAUGACAUCUCUGACCCCGAUACUGGCCAACACUGGACUCUCGCCUCUCCUUACAAUGACAGCGUCCAGGUUUCUAUUGGGUGUAAUGCAAGGAGUUCACUACCCUUCUCUGGUCAGUAUCUGUUCUCAGCGGGUGACGGAGGGGGAGAGAGGUUUAUUGAUGAGCACUCUGGCCUGUGGCUGCUACCUUGGGAUGCUGCUGGUUGGAGGAGUGGGCUCCCUGAUGCUGGACUGGUUUGGGUGGCAGAGUGUGUUUUAUGGAGCUGGUCUCCUUGCUGUUCUCUGGGCAUGUUGUGUAUGGAAAUGUCUUCUUCAAGGUACAGAUUUCUCUCUGGACUUGCUGUGGAUCAGCAGAAAAGAUGUGUCUGAAUCCUCUAGAAUUAACUGGCUCUAUCUCCUCAGAGAGCCUAGUGUCUGGGCCAUGAUCAUUGCUCAUCUGUGCUUUAGCAGCUCUUAUUACACCCUCAUGUCAUGGUUACCAACAUUCUUCAAAGACACAUUUCCUCAUGCUAAGGACUGGGUGUUCAAUGUGAUCCCCUGGUUUGUGGCACUGCCCACUUCACUGUUCGGAGGCUCUAUCUCUGAUCAUCUCAUUAGGCAAGGCUGUGGGACAGCGGCUGUGAGAAAACUGAUGCAGUUCUGUUCAAUGGGAGUUGCCAGUGUGUUCAUCCUCUUUCUCUGCAAGACGAGCAGUUUUAUUCAGGCUGUUGCUUGUGUGUCUCUGACUAUUGGACUCUCCACCUUUCACAAUAGUGGAGUGUCUGUGAAUGUAAACGACCAGGCACCAUCAUGUGCAGGAGCUCUGUACGGGGUUAUGAACACAUGUGCAGCCUUUACUGGUUUGCUGAUGGUUUACAUGUCCGGCUAUAUGAUAGAGGUCACCGGCUCCUGGGUGAAUGUGUUUUCAGUGCUGGCUUUAGUGAAUGUCAUCGGUGUGGCAGUAUUUAUAACACUGGGUGAAGCGAAGAGAAUUGAUCAGCUGGAUGAACCUGAGAUCAUCUGAACAUCAAGAGGAAACAAAGCCAAACUCUCGGAGGCACACUUGGGGAUUCCUUAUUUGUCAUUUGUAACAAAUGGAUUGAUACUCCUGAACACUUUGAAACACUAUGUAAUAACUUAUUUUAGCAUUAAAUUAAGAUUUAUUUUUAUUUAAUUAACAAAUAGCUCUUGUUAUUAUUAGCCCUCAUGUGAAAUAUGUAUUCUCCUUCAAAUAUUUCUCAAGUGAUAUUUAAUGGAGUAGGGCAAUUUCCACAGUAUUUCCGAUAAUAUUGUUUCUUCUGGAGAAAGUCUUAUUUGAUUUAAUCUGACUGAAUACUAGUAUCUUGAAUAAAUAGCUAGUAAAAUAUAAAGUACUGUCAUCAAAGCAAAGAUAAAAGAAAUCAGUUAUUAAAACUAUUAUGUUUAGAAAUGGGUAAACAAUCUCUGUUAAACAGAAUUUGUGGAAAAAAUAUUAAAGAAUUUACAUGUAACAGGAGGGCUUAUUCUGACUUCAAUAUGAAAGACUGUAUAUGUUUACAGUCUAUGAAAAACAUUUAGGUUAAUGAUAUACAGUUUUGUGCUUGAAUUAAAAAUAAUAUUUGUUUCA